GCAGAGGAGAGGAGAGGACAACACGUGAUGAGAAACUAGAGGAAAACAUGGUGGUAACCGUGGGCUUAGCGCGGCUGUGCCGCUCGGUCGGGCGGACUGCGUCCUCGCUGUCAGUCCCACACCAGGCUGCUGCUGCCGGGCUGCCGGCCCGGACACGCUUCAUAUCCACGACACCGGCCAGCAAUCUGCAGUUCAAACUUGAUGAGCGCACCGCCCACAGCAGCCUGGAUCUCUUCAAGAAGAACACCGGGAUCAUCUACCGCAUGCUGGGCCUGGACCCGUCCCACGUCCAAAACAAUCCAGAGCGUUUUCGAGACUGGGCCGUUGUGCUGGGCGAUGAGAGGAUCAGCGGCGGACGCCACUACUGGGAGGUGACCGUCAAAAAGUCUCAAGAGUUCCGUCUGGGCGUCGCGGACGCGCAGAUGUCCAGACACGACUGCGUGGGCACCUGCAACACUUCCUGGGUGUUCGGCUACGCUCAGCGGAAGUGGUUUGCCAUGACCAACAAUAAGAUGGUUCCUGUAACGCUGGUGGGGAGGCCGGAGCGCGUAGGGCUCCUCCUCGACUACGACGCAGGCCUCUUGAGCUUGGUGGACAUCGAGAAGCGUCAGAUCGCUCAUGCUGUCAAGGCUCAAUUCAAGGCUCCUCUCUGUCCUGCGUUUGGACUCUGGGACGGGGAGCUGCUCACACACUCUGGGUUGGAGGAGCCCGAAGGCCUGAAGUGAAUCCGAAUCGAUGAGGCGAUGGGCUGGGUUCGGUUCUUUGGAAACACUCAACUAAAACAGCAUCUUAAGUAACUGUGCAGAACUCAAAGCAAUAUGUUCCCUGGGAGUCAUUUAAACCUUAACUCAAGGUGAUGGUUAUUGUCUGUGGUCCAGUUAAUCAUCACAUCUUAACUAUUUAAAUUCACUCCUUGUGUAUGUCGUCGAGCCUCAGGCAUUUGUAUCAAAGCAGUCUGAGUGUUCACCUUGUAUUACUUCACUCUUUGAGGUGAAAAUGAUGUGAUUAGUUUUCGAGACAAACAUCAGCUGCCUUUCUCUUUUUUCUUUAAAAAAAAAACAAAAAACCAUUGAAUGUCGUGGCAUUUGUCACCAUCACAUAACAUGAAAACAUACAACCUUUCAGCCUCGUUCAUUCUUAAUAAAAUAAUGUGACUGACAUUGCUUUUA